UUGCAUUAAACCUGCAGUACCAGUACUCUGGUGGUGCAGCUGCACAGAUAUUGUUCUAUGAGGUGAGCGGUUCUCACUUCUAAUUUUACAUCAGCAUGAUUGACAACUUAGCCGUGGUGGACUGGUGGUGCUCAAUAACUGUUUUUUUUUUUUUUAAAUAAAUUUAAAAUAACACAGACAUCAGAAGUCCAUGCAUGGGCUAGUAAAUAGUUACUGUCUCGACUCCCACUGCUCCCUCCCACUACAUCCGAAAAAAAGUUACUUUGUGUCACCUUGAACUGGACCUGUGGCAUUGUGAUGACAGCCUGCUGCUACGUGCUGCCAUAAUGUCGAAAACAACCACAUGACAUCACAUUAGCUGGCCACAGAUUGGGGCACUCCUGAAAAUCACACUCCAGUCCAUAGCAAGACCGGAAAAGCUUACCCCUCUGGAUUCUACCAGAAAAGGUAAUUAACUUUAUCAUUGCCAACUUACUGUCUUGUCAAUAAUUGAAUAUACACUUUUUGUUUAUUACCACUUUCCUAUUUUAUCUCUUUCUGUCCACCAUUUCCUCUUAUGGAUCCAGCUCUUUCCCUCGCCAAACACUGUGUCCACUAUGUAUGUAACACUCUUUUCUUAUUCUCACUUUCUCUCAACCAUAUCCCUUGAUGUAGCAAACUAACUAACUAACUAACUAACUAACUAUCUCUCUCUCUCUCUUUCCCAGUAAAGUGAAAUUUAUCCCUGGCACAGAUGUCCAACGAUAAAGGCUCUCUGUUAAGGAAAAAUGAAAAGGUACUUACCAGAAUGGGCAGAUGAUCGACUAGGGCUCGGGAGAGAGGAACCCUGGCAUGCAGACGAUGCACCUGGCCAACAAAGCAAAACAUCUAUUGUGUGCAAACGCAGGCAGCCGGGGCGCGGUGGAAAACCGGUGUCUCUCCUGCCCCAUGAGGCAGACCUUUUAGCGGGGAUAGGGGAGGAGGAGAUAACACAGCUCCAGGCUCAUCAAGAUCGUAUCAAGGCCCAGCGCCGCCAGAAGCGGAGGGCGGAGGAGCUGGAGUCCUCCUCUUCAUCACCAAGAAGUGCCAUCCAGUCAGAGGGGGAGACGCAGGAGGAGGAGGCUGAGGCGGCAACGCCCACAUCUACUGAGGCUGAGCAGGAGGUGGAGGAGAUCUGCCCUGGAGAGGUUGCUGGGGAUGCUCAAGAUGGUGUCCAACAGCCAGGCGCGUCAGGUCCAGGGAAUCAAGAUGAAUUAAACAUUCUUGAUUUACAUGCAGUGGACGAAGACCUGGACGCAUCUGGUUUGGCUCACCAUUCUUCCUCCCCAGCAGUUUCUCCAGCGCAUCAUCUCCUCCACCCUUCAGCAGCAUCCCCCAACCAGGACAUACCCAUUGACGCGGACGCCUCCUCCACAAUGCAGCAGCCUACUCCAGGACACGCCCACUCUCCAGAGCCAUGCAAGCCUCUGCGGCGCAUUGUGAAGUGCCACUGUCAAGAAAGACAGUUAAGGAGGCUGUCUCACUCCUUGGCCCUCCACAAUCGCCAGCAGAUGCGGCAAUAUAUGGCUCUGGCGAGGUACCAACGGGCAACGAGGAGGAUGGUGUGUGAGAAUCUGAGAGCCAUAAACUCCACACUUGAAUGCAUACUCACCAAGUUGGAAGGAAACCAAAGUUUGUAA